AUGGAGCCAGGGCUGCCGGCUCGACGGACUGCCAUGGCGCCGCUGCUGGAGUACGAGCGGCAGCUGGUGCUGGAACUGCUGGACACUGACGGGCUAGUGGUGUGCGCCCGCGGGCUCGGCGCGGAUCGGCUCCUCUACCACUUUCUCCAGCUGCACUGCCACCCAGCCUGCCUGGUGCUUGUGCUCAACACGCAGCCGGCCGAGGAGGAGUAUUUUAUCAAUCAGCUGAAGAUAGAAGGAGUUGAACACCUCCCUCGCCGUGUAACAAAUGAAAUCACAAACAACAGUCGCUAUGAAGUUUACACACAAGGUGGUGUUAUAUUUGCAACAAGUAGGAUACUUGUGGUUGACUUCUUGACUGAUAGGAUACCUUCAGAUUUAAUUACUGGCAUCUUGGUGUAUAGAGCCCACAGAAUAAUUGAGUCGUGUCAAGAAGCAUUCAUCUUGCGCCUCUUUCGCCAGAAAAACAAACGUGGUUUUAUUAAAGCUUUCACAGACAAUGCUGUUGCCUUUGAUACUGGUUUUUGUCAUGUGGAAAGAGUGAUGAGAAAUCUUUUUGUGAGGAAACUGUAUCUGUGGCCAAGGUUCCAUGUAGCAGUAAACUCAUUUUUAGAACAGCACAAACCUGAAGUUGUAGAAAUCCACGUUUCUAUGACACCUGCCAUGCUUGCUAUACAGACUGCUAUACUGGACAUUUUAAAUGCAUGUCUAAAGGAACUAAAAUGCCAUAACCCAUCGCUUGAAGUGGAAGAUUUAUCUUUAGAAAAUGCUAUUGGAAAACCUUUUGACAAGACAAUCCGCCAUUAUCUGGAUCCUUUGUGGCACCAGCUUGGAGCCAAGACUAAAUCCUUAGUUCAGGAUUUGAAGAUAUUACGAACUUUGCUGCAGUAUCUCUCUCAGUAUGAUUGUGUCACAUUUCUUAAUCUUCUGGAAUCUCUGAGAGCAACGGAAAAAGCUUUUGGUCAGAAUUCAGGUUGGCUGUUUCUUGACUCCAGCACCUCGAUGUUUAUAAAUGCUCGAGCAAGGGUUUAUCAUCUUCCAGAUGCCAAAAUGAGUAAAAAAGAAAAAAUAUCUGAAAAAAUGGAAAUUAAAGAAGGGCAAGAAACAAAAAAGGAACUGGUCCUAGAAAGCAACCCAAAGUGGGAGGCACUGACUGAAGUAUUAAAAGAAAUUGAGGCAGAAAAUAAGGAGAGUGAAGCUCUUGGUGGUCCAGGCCAAGUACUGAUUUGUGCAAGUGAUGACCGAACAUGUUCCCAGCUGAGAGACUAUAUCACUCUUGGAGCGGAGGCCUUCUUAUUGAGGCUCUAUAGGAAAACCUUUGAGAAGGAUAGCAAAGCUGAAGAAGUCUGGAUGACAUUUAGGAAGGAAGACAGUUCAAAGAGAAUUAGGAAAUCUCACAAAAGACCUAAAGACCCCCAAAACAAAGAACAGUCUUCUACCAAAGAAAGGACCCUCAAAAAGAAAAAACGGAAGUUGACCUUAACUCAAAUGGUAGGAAAACCUGAAGAACUGGAAGAGGAAGGAGAUGUCGAGGAAGGAUAUCGUCGAGAAAUAAGCAGUAGCCCAGAAAGCUGCCCGGAAGAAAUUAAGCAUGAAGAAUUUGAUGUAAAUUUGUCAUCGGAUGCUGCUUACGGAAUCCUGAAAGAACCCCUCACUAUCAUCCAUCCGCUUCUGGGUUGUAGCGACCCCUAUGCUCUGACAAGGGUACUCCAUGAAGUGGAGCCAAGAUACGUGGUUCUCUAUGACGCAGAGCUAACCUUUGUUCGGCAGCUUGAAAUUUACAGGGCUAGUAGGCCUGGGAAACCUCUGAGGGUUUACUUUCUUAUAUACGGAGGUUCAACUGAGGAACAACGCUAUCUCACUGCCUUGCGGAAAGAAAAGGAAGCUUUUGAAAAACUCAUAAGGGAAAAAGCGAGCAUGGUUGUCCCUGAAGAAAGAGAAGGCAGAGAUGAAACAAACCUAGACCUAGUAAGAGGCACAGCGUCUACAGAUGUUUCCACUGACACUCGGAAAGCCGGUGGCCAGGAACAGAAUGGUACACAGCAAAGCAUAGUUGUGGAUAUGCGUGAAUUUCGAAGUGAGCUUCCAUCUCUGAUCCAUCGUCGGGGCAUUGACAUUGAACCCGUGACUUUAGAGGUUGGAGAUUACAUCCUCACUCCAGAAAUGUGCGUGGAGCGCAAGAGUAUCAGUGAUUUAAUCGGCUCUUUAAAUAACGGCCGCCUCUACAGCCAGUGUAUCUCCAUGUCCCGCUACUACAAGCGUCCCGUGCUUCUGAUCGAAUUUGACCCUAGCAAGCCUUUCUCUCUCACUUCCCGAGGUGCCUUGUUUCAGGAGAUCUCCAGCAAUGACAUUAGUUCCAAACUCACUCUUCUUACACUUCACUUCCCCAGACUACGGAUUCUCUGGUGCCCCUCUCCUCAUGCAACGGCGGAGUUGUUUGAGGAGCUGAAACAAAAUAAGCCACAGCCUGAUGCGGCGACAGCACUGGCCAUUACAGCAGAUUCCGAAGCCCUUCCCGAGUCAGAAAAGUAUAAUCCUGGUCCCCAAGACUUCUUGUUAAAAAUGCCAGGGGUGAAUGCCAAAAACUGCCGCUCCUUGAUGCACCACGUUAAGAACAUCGCAGAAUUAACAACCCUGUCACAAGACAAGCUCGCGAGUAUUCUGGGGAAUGCUGCAAAUGCCAAGCAGCUAUAUGAUUUCAUUCACACCUCUUAUGCAGAAGUCAUAUCGAAAGGAAAAGGGAAAAAGUGAGCAAUGGUGGCUGUUUUCUUAUCCCAUGCCUGUACUUUUCAGCGGCUUCUUGCCAGACAUCAUAGGUCAUUAUUAAUUAUUGGUUUGAUAUUUCAUUCUUUUCCAAUGCUCUUAAUGAUUGUACGGUGGACCAGAAGCCAGGAUUCCUCUCUGAACUCUGCAGUUAGGCAUCACUUGAGCUUGCCUAUGCCUGCUCUUUUUCCUCCCUGCACUGUCUAUGCCAGGCUUAGCGUGUUCCUUUUUAAAUGAGAUCUGUCAGGAUCAGGUAAAGUUCCUACAAGUGAUUACAGAAGGUGGAAACUUUACCUGAUCCUAACAUAUGUCAUUUAGAAAGGAACAUGCUAAGCCUGGCAUGGACGGUGCAGGGAGGGAAAAGAGCAGGCACAAGAAAGCUGCCAUUUUUAACAGUCCUUGUUAUCUAGUGCAACAUAAAUAACAGUCUUAAUUGCACUUAAUACCAAUGCCCCGUGGCUCUCCAAAUCUGUUAUUUGCUGUUGUGUCUGCUGGACACUUGAACUGAUGUUUGUGUAGGAAAUCAUGUUCUGACCCUUUGUUUACAAAGGAGCCUUCUGGAACACUGAGAAGAAACAUCUCUUUGCCAUUCCUGACCAGUUCUUUCUACCACAUUUUCUUCAGCUCCAUACUUCUUCUGCCUGUCUGCUCUAAGGAAAUUUCAUGGGGCCUUCCAACUACUAAUUCAAGACAGUCUCCUCUAAAACUGGUUGACUAGUCUUCUAAUGACCCGAACAUAUGUAGCAUAUACUAUAAUUUCAUUGUUCCAAAUUAGUAUUUUUAAAGCAAAAUGAAUUACCUAUUUGCAAAAGUUAAUGGUGAAGGAGCUCUUAGAAUUCUCAAUUUUUGCACAUACUCAGUCUCCUAAUAUCAGAGAUCCCUAAGUCGAGCUGGCUAGUUAGAGUUUUUUCAGACUUCCUCGUUUCCCAGCUCUUAUAUCCUAAGACACCAGCAUCAUAUCCUCUAGAAAUACAACCUAAUUGGCAGUGAGCCGAGAUCGCGCCACUGCACCCCUGCCUGGGCGACAGAGCGAGACUUCAUCUCUAUUGAAAAAAAAAAAAAAGAAAAAGAAAUACAGCCUAAGCUCACCUUCCUGUGACUCCUCAUUUUUCACAAUCCUGUUCCAGGGUCUACUUUCUUCUUUGUGUGAGGACUCCAAUACAAGCCAGUAAGUGGCCCGCUAAGCUUUUAAGAUGUGGUUUUCCUGCCUUGAGAUAAAAAGGAUUGUAGGUAAAUGAAAGAUCAAUGUAUGGAAUAUAUAAAAAUUCAGAAGAAAUAUAUACAUUUAAAAAUC